AUGCAAGCCGCAGACCCGUAUCCGCCAUCCUCCGCCUAUGCUUCAGCCACCACCAUCCAGCUCAGCGACCAUUCGGACACGGGCCUCCCCGACGUUCCUAAGACGGAGGACGAUGUGAACUACCAUGACCUCAGUCUCUCCGCGGCCGAGAUAUCCGCGUCACAGAAACGCAAGAUCGAACGCGCCUGCGACUUCUGUCGCAGAAGAAAGACUAAAUGCGACGGUCCGAAGAUGCCUAAUCACAUCUGCACCAAUUGCAUACAGAACCGCAAGUCCUGCACAUAUGUAGAGGCGUCAAAGCCAAGAGGUCCUCCGAAAGCGUAUGUCACCGCUUUAGAAGACAGGAUUGAGAAGAUCGACGUGUUAUUGAAGCGACUACGCCCGAACGAGGAUUUUACCGACGAACUUGGACCGCCGAUCGUCCGAGGCUCUUGGAAAAACGACCCUCCUCACAAACGCUCCACUUCCGCGCAGUCCCGGGGGGAGACGUCGAAGACACGCGCGCAGACGACGUCGCAGAUCCAGUCCUUGUCUCCUCCAUCAAGUUCUUUCGGUUCUGCACCUCUACCCCAUCUUCGAUCUAAUCCGAACAGCCCCGUCGUCAGGGAGGCAGCCGCCAAGGGAAAGUCCCCAUCGGGCUCGAGCAAAAGGGAGGACGACGGCAACGACGAGAGCUCAUCGGAUGACGUGUCGUCUGAUGUCGAGGAGCUUGGCGAGCUCAGUCUGACUCGGGGGGUCAAGCGGUUGACGUUCCGCGGACUCGAACCAGCCGGCGAGCCAGCCCCGCACUCGGAGAAUCAGCUGCGUUACCAUGGGAAGAGCAGCUCGUACAAGCUCGUCGGGAUGACGCGUAGGCUCCGGGAGGAGCAUAGGGCCGAGCUGAGGAAGACUGAGACGGAGGCAGAGGCUGAUGAAUCCGUGGCAGCAUCUCCCGAAGAUGACCGAUCUAACAUGCGAGAUGAAUUUUGGACUAUGCCCGAGUGGGAAGCGAUAUACGACGGACUUCAGAUUGAUUCGCCCGCAGGCAUCCCCGGCCUCGAGGAACACUUCCCUCCCCCCGAUCUCGCGAGGACGUUGAUUGAUCUGUACUUUGCCCAUGUCAACAGCCAGUUUCCGUUGUUGCACCGUCCGACAUUCGAGAAAUCCUGGAUGAGCGGACUUCACCAACGUGAUGUCUGGUUUGCUUGCCUCUGCAUGUCGAUAUUCGCCGUCGCGUCUCGCUGGUCGGACGAUCCGCGCGUUUUGACAGAAAGAGCUCCAGGCAGUUCUCCCGAAAACGCAGAGGCAGCUCGACAGAGGUGGCUUCUAGCUGGCUGGAAGUAUAUGGAAGUUGCGAUCCGGGUACAUAUGAUCAAACGUAGCGUCAUACGUCCAGCUUGCCUUGCUGAAGUGCAGACACAUACACUUCUGGCCAUGUUCCUCCGAAUGAGUAAAUGGGGUCCGGUGAGCUGGCUUUUGAUUGCUGUCGGUCUACGGAAGGCCGAGGAUGUGGGCGCACAUCGGAAAAAGGUGUACAGUUCGCGGCCAACUGUGGAUGAAGAACUGUGGAAACGCGCGUACUGGACAUUGGUCGUGCAGGACCGUAUCGGCAGUGCCGCCCUGGGCCGAACAUGUUGCUCCAGAGAAGAAGAUUUCGACCUUGAUAUGCCGCUGGAGGUCGACGACGAAUAUUGGGAACACGAGAACCCCGACAAGGCGUUUAAGCAACCGCCAGGCAAACCAUGUACUGUAACCGCAUUUGUUCUCUUCAUCAAGAUCACUCAAAUCCAAGCAUUCGCCCUUCGUACAAUCUACGCUAUCGAUAAAUCCAAAGUUCUGCUCGGAUUAGUCGGGCCCCGGUGGCCAGAACGUAUUAUUUCUGAGCUUAACACUGCCCUCACAGAGUGGGGAGAAGCCGUGCCACCCUAUCUUCGCUGGUCGUCUACCAUGGAAAACCAACUCUUUGCCAAUCAAGCUACAACGCUGUAUACAUCCUAUUACCUCACUCAAAUCCUCAUAUACCGACCAUUUAUACGCCCGCAUAUUAUCGUCGAUCCUUACCAUUCCAGCGACACGCUUCCCGCCCUCGCCAUCUGUGCCAGUGCAGCAAAGUCGUGCGCCCGCAUCCUCGAGAUUCAGCUCCCACGGGGCCUAUCCAACAUCCCGCUUCUCAUCGCUGUCUCACACCUUUGCGCAGCCAUACUCAUAUUGAACGUAUGGCACGCCAAGGCGAGGGAGCGCGCGGCUCUCAUGGAAGAUAUUAAACCACUACGCUUGGAUGCGCCGGCCCCGUCACAGGUUGAUGCGCUCAUGACGGACGUCAAUGCUUUUUUGAAGGCUUUGGAAUGGGUGGAGCCCAGAUGGGAGUUUGCCGGCAUUUGCCUGAGAGAGUUACGAAAAUCACUGCCGCCGCCCAAAACGGAAGUGCAAAUGACCUUGCAACCUCCACAAGUCUCGUCCCGUUCGACCCCUCAAUAUACGCAGAACCACCAUCAGCCUCGCGCAUACAGUCAGUCCCAACCUCCUCCCAGGCCAACCUACGAACAUGCACGAUACUAUUCACAACCGGAGUUGACAUUUAACGAUUACACUGAACCCUCGACCGCAUCGUACGCUAUGCAGAUGCACUCUGCAAACGACUGGCAAUGGUUCUCUUCCUCCGAUGCCGGAACCAGCUCCUCCUCAUACGCAGGCUACGGUGGUUACGAUGACGUGGCUGGAUCCAACGCACCGGUCUGGACCGGUCCCGAUCCGACGCAGAUGCCUCGCGGCAGGCAAGGCGCACCCUCGCAGGCGCACAACUCCUACGCAUGGAACUCGCACAAUCAACCACAUUCGGAGUAUCGGACCACCCCACAAGCCUCAACGUCCACCUUGCCUGUUCAUCUGCCAACUACGGAUCGACCAGUUAUGUCAAUCAGUCGUCUGCAGCGACGAGCGUCGAGCUUGCGCAGUUCGAGGACUGGAGAUGAUCUGUAUGCUCAGGCUGGACAGGGCUAUGGCAUUGACUAUACCCGGUACGAUGUCGACGACGGUAUGGGUAUGGGGAGUAGCAUGGGCGUCGAUCCCAAGAUGUUGCAGCAACGGCGUUCCGGCCCAGCGCCAGGAGCAAUGAUGGAAGGAACUGGAUACGGAGCAAAUGAAGGCUAUGGGACUACAAGAGCUGCGGGCGGCUGGAACGCAUACGCACCUGCUCGGGAUUACUCGCCGGCAUAUCGCCAAUAUUCUGGCUAUCCUCCAUGAAAACAGCACGGACUGUCCAUUUGGCAUACCCCACACACGCAUAGAUCAAACCAGCAUUGUAUUUGUAGUUUCCGCCAUCCCGUAGAUUACCUUAUCA